AUGGCUUAUGUGAAUGGAAUAUUCCAAGGAAUGUUGAACCAUUUAAAGAGGAUUGCCACCGUAAGAUUCCACGAUUUCUCGACGAAAAAUGGUGGAUGGGAGACUCUCAAUGCUAUUGGACAGCAAAUGGACAAUCCUUUUUCCAACACCUACAAUCCUAGAGGUCAAACGAAUAAUAUGAAGGAUAUAGCUGAGCUUAAGAACCAAGUGGGGAAAAUAAUGGAUUUCAUGGGAAAAUUUUCUGAAAGUGGAAAGCUUCCACCAAGCACCGUUCCAAAUCCAAAGUCAAAUUUUGAGUCCGCAAAAAUAGUGGCAAUAAGGAGUGGACGUGUGUUCAAUGAGGUCCCAAAGAAAGUCCAAAAGAAGGCCCAAGUUGCCCAAGAAGAGGAGGAUGAAGUUGGAAUUUCCAAGAAUGAUUUGGAGGCAGAUCCUGCCAUUUCCAAAGUUGAAGCAAAACUGUUUCAAAAGUCGAAGAAAGAAGAAUCUGAUCAAGCCAUCUUGGAAGUUUUUAAGAAAGUUCAAGUGAACAUCCCCUUGAUUGACUGCAUUACUCAAGUUCCCAAAUAUGCAAAAUUUUUGAAGGAGUUAUGCACCACAAGGAGGCAGACACGUGAGAAAGAAGUUGUGAAAAUGAGUGAGACUGUUUCUGUAGUUCUCCAACGAAAAUUACCUCCCAAGCUAAAGGAUCCAGGGAGUUUUUCUAUCUCUUGUGUAAUUGGUGAUACUACUUUUGACAGUGUCAUACUUGAUCUAGGUGCUUCCAUUAAUAUUAUGCCAUAUAACUUAUAUGCAUCUAUGGACUUAGGUGAACUUAAGAAAGACAAUGUCAUAAUUAAAUUGGCAGAUAGGUCUAACAAGUAUCCUAAGGGAUAUGUAGAGGACGUUCUUGUGCGAGUUAAUCACUUGAUUUUUCCUACAGAUUUUUACAUCAUUGAUAUGGAAGACUCACCCUCAAAUUCAACUCCUAUACUUUUAGGGCGUCCUUUUAUGAGAACUGCAAGAACAAAGAUUGAUGUGCAUGCUGGUGCAUUGACAAUGGAGUUUGAUGGAGAAGUUAUUGGCUUUAACAUCUUUGAAGCCAUGAGGUAUCCCUUAUCUGAGCUUAAACCAUGCUAUUCUAUUGAUAUCGUUGACUCUCUUGCGCAGAAUUUCCUAAAUUCAAAGAUCGACGAUAAAUUGGAAUACACCAUUUCUCAAGGAGUGGGAUACAAUGCCGAUGGUACCAAUGUGUCGAAUGCAGAAUUAGAGGAAAUAUGGGACAAUGUUGUGCUUGAAACCGUCGCCGCUCUCAAAGGCCUACGAAUUAGGUCUGAUCUUACAUUGUCACUUCCCAUUUCCACUAACAAACUGUUACCAUCUGUGGAACAGGCACCCAAGUUAGAGUUGAAAGCAUUACCUAAUCACUUAAAGUAUGUAUACUUGGGAGAAAGUGAGACUUUUCCAGCAAUUGUGUCCUCCAAACUAGACAACGAACAAGAAAAGAGAUUGGUGGAAGUAUUGAAGAAAUAUAAGACUGCUAUCGGAUGGACUUUAGCAGACAUCAAGGGAAUAAGCCUAACCACAUGUGUCCAUCCAAUUCUGCUGGAAGAUGGAGCAAAACCCACUAGAGAGGCCCAAAGACGUCUAUACCAACCAAUGAUGAAAGUGGUUCAAGACGAAGUCAUCAAAUUGCUGGAUUGUGGAGUGAUCUACCCCAUAUCGGAUAGUAAGUGGGUCUCUCUAGUUCAAGUUGUGCCAAACAAAUUUGAAGUGACUGUUGUAAAGAAUGCUGAGAAUGAGCUAGUGCCCCAACGAGUUGUGACUGGACAUAGAGUCUGCAUUGACUAUAGAAAGCUCAACGCCACCACAAGGAAAGACCAUUUUCCCCUACCAUUCAUUGAUCAAAUGCUUGAGCGUGCUGUGCAGAUUAAGAGUGAAAAGACUGGGGAAGAAUUCAAGGUGAAUGGCCAUAGAUUGAAGCCAUACUAUGAGGCUUUCAAGGAAUACAAUGUUGAGGAAGUACCCCUCCAAGAUACACCAUUCACAUAG